UACUUCCUUUGCAGCUGUACUGUGUUUUGACGGGUUUGUUCAAUAGCAGGAUUCUUUUCCUGAUUUGAUUAUAGCGCCAAAUGCUGGUAUCGCUGCUUACAAGAGCUGGUUGCCAACUAUUGAACUGAUAAAGGAGAUCAAAGUCCCAGCAGUUUUCUCUGAUUUCUGUGAAGAAGCUUCACUUUUGGCAACUCGUUGCAUCAGCAGCAUAACUGGCUCACCUCCCAGCAUUCCUAUCCAGUUAAAUCCCUUCAGGCAACCUCUUGCAAUUGAAGACAGUGCUCUAUUACUUCCAUGCUAUUCAAAUUGCUUUCUUUUUGGUAUAUGAGAUGUUCUAAGAUAAAACCAUUUUGAGUGCCACUUGAAUUAUUGUGCAAGAGAAAUGAAUUUGUACCAUGUUCUUCAAAGAAAUCUACUGGUCCUUAAGUCACCAUGCACGCUUAUUGUAAGCUCUCGGAACAAUGUACAACAUCGCUCCAUACUGCGAAUAAUCUUGCACACACGCUGUGUACGACGUCAUCUUGCGAUUGGUUUGACGAUUUACACAAAUAUCAAUCAGGACCGUUCAUUCUCAGCAACUUUGAAUCAGGACCUUCCAUUCUACAUGCCCCGCAUGCCUCGCACUUGAGUCGGUCGCGCUCUGCAAAGGGAUUUUGCCAAAAUUGUUGUUGUGGACCUGCUGCAGAACAAUUCCCCUAAACGACAUCGUGCCGUCAAACUGUUACAAACUCAACCCCAUCGAAUCAAAGCCGACUUGGAGCUGAAGGAACCAAAAACAGAAGCACAAGUGGAAUUCAAAAUGGAAAUAUAAAAGCAAACAUAAAUAAAUUUCCCAAUUUUUUUUUUUUAAAAAGAGCCUAUUUUUUCUACAGACCAGAAAGUUGGAAAAUGAAGACGGUGAUGACGCUUAGAAGUGGUUUAGGAGCAUUAAGAGCAGUUCGGGGAAACUUUGCCAGCUUGCAUUUCUCAACAAAAACGUCGCCCCCGCCGCCGUUAGCUUUUGGUGCAGCUGCUGACGUGGCGGCUGAUGAUUUACUCCUCCACAAUCCUCCGGCUUCCGCUGCUACGGUCGAGACGGAGCCCACUCUUCUUCAGCCUGGCGUCGUCGUGUACGACGGCGUUUGCCACCUCUGCCACAGAGGGGUGAAGUGGGUGAUUGAAGCUGACAAGGACAAAAAGAUCAAAUUCUGUUGUCUUCAAUCUAAAGCUGCAGAACCAUACAUGAGAGGAUGUGGGGUUGAUAGAGAUGAUGUUCUGCGCCGUUUUCUGUUCAUUGAAGGUCCAGGUCUUUACCACCAAGGCUCCACUGCUGCACUGAGGGUUGUGUCUUACUUGCCAUUACCUUAUUCUGCAUUAAGCUCUCUGACAAUUGUCCCAACCCCGUUAAGGGAUGUUGUCUAUGAUUAUGUUGCCAAGCGGCGGUAUGACUGGUUUGGGAAGAGUCCUGAUUGCUUAGUUAUCAAAGAAAAAGAGUUGCUGGAGCGUUUUAUAGAUUGGGAAGAAAUACUAGAUAAGAGCCGACCAGGGUUGUGAUUGUCUUCAAAUUAUCAGAGAUUUGCCAGUUAAUUGGGCGAUCGAUGUGGUUAAGAACUGAAGUAUUUGGAUUUCUCUGUAGGAUUUUUUUGGAUGUAAUGUUGAUAUUUGGAAGUUGAUGAGGGAGGCUACAAAUCAAAUUAGAGCAUCCUAACUGACAGUUUUAAUCAUCACUUAAAAGCUAGAAUGAGUGAACGAUCCGUGAAAGGGGAAUUUGUUUUUUGAUUUUUUCCUUCUCAGCACCCGGACUCUGUCCUGUUAUUUGGCGCUCUACAUGUUGGAUCUGAUACAAACUGGUCAACUGAAAGCAGCUUCGCUUCAUUGUAGAUGCAAUUUCUGUAUUCUCACAACUAAAGAAGGAUGACACGGACAUGAUAUGAUGGCCACUGGUUUACCACUUUUUGUUUCCUCGUUCUGUUAUCUUUCUUGGGAUACAUGCUUUCUUGUUCAUUAUCAUGGAUUACAUUCUUGUUGCUGGCUUUGUAGCUUGCUGUUUGAGUUAUUGGUCUGAUAGCUUUCAUUAUCUCUUUAACACUUUUCCACAAGGGCUGGCAUAUGUAAGAAAUCACAAGUCACAAAUCCUCCAAGUACACUAUGGGACUGAUGUCUAGUACAUCGACCCCUUGUAGCUUUAUGACUGUCAGUUAAUCACCUGAUACAGUGAAGAAGGAUUCACAAGUUCAGGAA